CGUGGUUUGACAAAUGUCACGUUUUAGGUUAGGUCGUGUUGUUUUGAUUAGUAUUUGGACUCGGAAAAAAGUACCUUGAAAAUCAUCCGCAAGUAUUGAAAUGAUAACAUUGUUCAUAUUAUCUUCUUUUUCACCUUGCAGAUAGAAUGCAGAUUAUAUGCAGACUUUCACGUAAAAUUUUUAGUAAAUAUUUAAUAGCUGCUAGUGUUAGAAAUAUGUCCAAGUGUACAGUUGCUGUCUGCCAGUUUACAGCUACAAAUAACAAGGCUGCAAAUUUAAAAACUGUAAAGACACUGGUCGGUCAAGCUAAGGAAAAACAUGCCAAGAUAGCAUUCCUGCCUGAAGCCUCAGAUUUUAUUGCUUCUAACAAAAAGGAAGCUAGAGAGUUAGCAGAAUCUAUAAAUGGAGAUUUGAUGAAUGAUUACAAAUUGAUUGCUAAGAAUAAUUCAAUGUGGUUAUCAAUUGGUGGUUUUCAUGAAAAAGUUGAUGAGGAUACAAUCUAUAAUAGCCAUAUUCUGUUGGAUAGUUCAGGUGAAAUCAAAUCAAUCUACAGAAAAAUACAUCUAUUUGAUGUGGCCAUUCCAGAAAAAAACAUAUACCUGAGAGAAUCUGACUUAAAUGUAGGAGGGUCACAGAUAUUUCCUCCUUCUGGAACACCUGCCGGACUUAUGGGCUUGGCAAUAUGCUAUGACCUAAGAUUCCCAGAACUGGCGAUACUACAGACAAAGAUGGGAGCCCAGAUUCUGACUUAUCCAUCUGCUUUCACCCACAGUACAGGUGAAGCACAUUGGGAAGUACUGCUAAGAGCUAGAGCUAUUGAAAAUCAGUGCUAUGUUGUUGCUGCUGCACAAUUUGGGAAGCAUAAUCCCAAGAGAACAUCUUAUGGGCAAGCAAUGAUCAUAGAUCCAUGGGGCAAAAUUCUAGCAGAAUGUCCAAAAUACACAGGAGAAGCAGAUACAAAUGAAAGAAUUGCAAUUGCCGACAUAGACUUGGAUUAUUUGAAAAAGGUCAGACAAGAAAUGCCUGUUCAACAACAUAGAAGAAACGACAUCUACGACUUGAGCAUCAUCAAUUGUGAAUCUGCCUCUAUUGAUGAUGAUGAAACGUUCAAGUUUGCUGAUAAAGUUGUACCUGGAUCUACUGUCUUUCUCAGAUCAAAGUACUGCUAUGCGUUUACGAAUAUCAGAUGUGUUGUGCCUGGGCGUAUCCUUUUUGAAUUGAAAAAAGCUUGACUCUGUACUUUUUCUUAUUGUCGAUCCAAAGAUAAAUUGUUUUCCAAUGUAGACGAUGCGAAAACAUUUUAUUCAUAGAAGAAAGAAAAAAGAUACGACUUACAAAUUGUUUUUUUCGCUAAGGGAAAGUUUUUUUAGGGUUCAAUGAUCAUUCUGACUAAAUGAGGUGUUGAGUUACUUUUCUGUAAAGUUGAGCGUUUUCGAGUUAUAAGCGAUUUCAGGUAAGGUUUGCACUUUAAAUAUGACCAUCUUCAAUGCUUUAAAACUUGUCAAGUGUCUACAAGAAAUCCUGAUUUCAAAAUCGUCACACCUACUAAACUACUAAUAAUGUUCUCUUGCUUACGGAACGUUCAGUUCAUCUUCGAGUCGCCAAUUUUAAUAAAUACGUUGCUACAUUUCUCCUUAACAACCGACAGAUGUCUUGAUUACAACAUACAGACCGGCUCCAAGAUUAGUAGAUUUAACUCAGCAUGAAAUUGCUGAUCUAUUUCAAGUGACUGUUAAUGUGCAAAGAAAAAUGGAGAUCGAACAUAAAUCUACAUCGUCGACUAUAUGUGUUCAGGACGGUCCUUUUGCUGGCCAAACUGUUGCGCAAGUACAUGUUCAUAUUCUACCGAGAAAGGAGGGCGAUUUUCAGAGAAAUGACGACAUUUACCACCAGUUAGCGAAACAUGAUCGAGACGAAAAUCCUCAACCUCUUAGAACACCACAAGAAAUGACUCAAGAGGCGAAAAAAUUGCGACGAUAUUUUAUGUAACUUUUUAUAAGCAUUUAUAAACAUCUGAAUUUAUAUGUAUGAUAUUAUGUACAUAAUAAAUGUUUUAUAG